AUGCCCGCUGCAACGAUCCUCGACCUUCUCAACUGGCUCCCGUUUCUCUUCAGCGCGCUUUUGUGCACACUCCCAUUUUGUAUCCCGCAGCACCCCGAGUACGUCGAACCCGAGUACGUCGAGCCUCACGAUGAAGGGCCCUGCUGUUGCCGUUGCCUGCUGGACGCCCGCAAGCUGCGGCGGGUGCUUGCCGUCUACAACAUGCGCCCUGUCAGGCGCUCUGGCGGGCUCGAGCCCGAGGUCGCCCGGAAGAUUGCGAGGAUCAUUUACACGCCGGGCUGCAUGCUGAUGCAGGAGGAGAUGCUCGAGAGCUAUAUCGAGAGCUAUAUCGUCGAGCUGAGGAAGUAUAAGUUCAUCCGUGUCAUGCCUGAGGGAGACCACAUCGUGGCACGAUAUACCAGGCAUAAGCCGAAGCUGCCCAAGUAG